GCAAUGCAUCGAAAUUUCUGACAACUUUUCCUGGUAUUUCUCAAAGUCUGAUCCAUCAUGAAACUGGCUGCUUCUCGCGGCAUACUCGUACGCUCCUUUGCGGGACUGGGCGCAAGGCAGUCGCGUGGCUGGUGACGCCACACCCGAUCCUGCUUUGAAGGUGCUCCACCCAUCAACUAUGCCAAGUCCAGACGCUUUCUCUCUCUUCUUUAAUUUCUUUGAAGCGGUGUGUAGAUGCAUGUUUAUACAAACCAAAAGGCCCUUUUCGGAGGCAACCAACCAUGGGUCGUUCAAGAAUGGACCGCUAGCGACGACCGUGUGCGAGGCGGCAAAUCUCAGUCAUACCUCUCCGCAGGGGGCCUAGCGCGUACCGCAGUUUUCCACGGGAACCUUGACAUUACAGCGCUGGGAGGUGCAGGUUUCGCUAGUCAACGAACUGCAACGAAUACAGAAAUUUGGAAUCUGGCGGAAUUCGACGGUCUAUUACUCGAUGUUGAAAACGCUGAUGACUUGCGUUAUACCCUCACCUUGAAGGACACAUUACUCCCCCCGGACCCCGACACGGGUAGGGAACAGUCGACCAUCUCCUAUGAAUACGACUUCAGCGUAGAUGGACAGAUUGACUCUUCAAAACGACUAUAUAUCCCGUGGUCUGCAUUCAGAGCUACGUAUCGAGGUCGCGACAUGCCAGACGCACCAUCUGUGAAUCUCAAGUCCAUCAGACGCUUCAGCUUCAUGGUCCGUAGUUUCUUUGGAGAUCAGCAGGGCAAUUUUUCGCUUUCCAUUCGAUCCCUCUCAGUGACGAAGGCACUUCAACUGGAAGAAGAUAUGGUAUUUUCUGUGGAUGAAAAGGAAGAAGGGUCAUACGAGAGUAAUGAAGGCAGAGCCCAUCUGAGUGUAGCACGGGCUGGGUGGCUCAACGAACUUUGGAGACAAUGCACAAUUCAGUGAAGUUUUUCUUUCUUCGUAUUAUAUGCAGUCAUGGUCUCUUCCUCCAAAAACAAAACACGUCACGUAUGGAAGAAUCGC